AUGGAAGAAGCAGAAAACCCAACAAAAAAUGGGUCUGCCACAAGCAAUGUUACUUAUGGCCUAUUCUCCAGGCUAUCAUCUUCACAAUCCUGGCACUCUUCAAAGAUCGAAACCAAUUCUGUGGUGGACAUUAUCAUGACAACAGUAAAUGGGGCAUCACAAACUAUAUAUCACACUACGGCAGCCAUGAAACAGAUGAGGGAUAGCUUGGGAGACACUAGUGGAACUGUUCAGGCUUCUCGAUUUCUUACGGAUACGUCUCGAAGAUUGGAUGUUGAAGCCGGCGAUAUCGCGAGGCAGGCGAGAGAAAACAGACGGUUGAUCGAUAGGGGUCUCGAGAUUGUGUUUAUAGUAACCACGGUGACUAUUUCCUUGAACCUGGUAGCUGUUAUUGCUUUGUCAGUGACUGGAAUUCUGAGAAUUCGACAAGCACUUUACUGGCUAAUUGGGAUAUGUUGGAUCAUGACCUUUCUAUGCUGGUUGUUCUUUGGAAUUUAUUUCUUCUUGGAAAAGUUUUCAGGUGACACAUGCAGAGCUCUUGAAAACUUCCAAGAAAAUCCAUACAACAAUACUUUGAGUUCAAUCCUCUCUUGUGAUGAAUUGCUGUCAGCAGAAUCAGUCCUCUCUGAUGUUAGUGCUGGGAUAUACAACCUUGUUAAUGAGGUAAUUAUAUCUCAUUUGUUGCUUUAG